AUGGUUGUUGGUUCUAAAGGCUUGAAAGUGAUUGGGGGAGACGCUGUGGAGCAACAUCAGCGGCGACAGGUUCCGUUUAUGGAGUUUAAGAACGGCUACAAGUAUCCGGACGAUAUGGACGCCGAUUUGGAGGCGUUGGACGACUAUCGAGAUCGAUCUAUAGGGCCUUUUGGGGUCUUCCCUCUUGGAGAAAGUCCCCAGUCGCAAGAAACGCAGUUGACGCCGGUCUCGAUCGCCUCGGCAUCGUCGUACGUCGCUCCAACAGCAGAUACUUUACUUCCCAGAGAACUGUGGCUUCAUCCGCGGCUCCAGGUGGACGCCUCGUUGACAUACAAAAUAUACACCGGAGAGUACAAUGCUGAGGUGAGCGACUGGGAGCAGGUGAAACGAGAGAUUUUUGCUGGAUUCUACGGGCUGAAGCCCCACAACAGGAUUCUGGACCGCAUGAACAUGGACGAUGGUGCUCGUAAGGCCGCCGUGGAGGAAUAUCUGCGCAAAUUUAUAGUGGACGUUGAUCCUGGCUACCACGGAGACUCUGUGACGGGUAUUUUGCAACACCCACAAACGAGACAUCUGGUGAAAGAGUUCAGAAAACUGGGGCCGUCGCUGAUGCAUAUCAUGUGCAAGAACAGUAUAUUCAACACCGUGAUGGUUCCCACUCUGUUCAAAGCCCUGGGCGAGAUGCUGAUUAAGAAACCAACGGGAACCGAGGACAUUAUCGAUCUGAUUAAACAGACGUUCAUUCUGGAGGCGCUGGCGAUGGCGACCAUUGACCGGUACCGCACGCUGUUUGACAUUUCGGGCGACCACGAGUGCUCGUUGCAGAAACUGCGCUGCUUUAUCUAUCUGCGCGAAGCCAACUUGUACAAUCUGAGUCGGAUUUUCAUGAUGCUGGCCACCGUUCAAGACGGCAAGGUCAAGGUGACGAACCACGGACUGCUGGACUAUCUUCUGGAGAAAGGCGUGAUUGACCAGCUAUUGAUGAUGGUUAUUCUUGCUUUGAAGCAGGAAGAGUCUACUAAUAUCUACUACAACAACGAGACACUAUUUUCCAUCGCCAUGGGAUUGCACUCCUUUUUGGACUCCCGCCAGGUCUCCAGCUCGGUCCGCGACCUGAUGCUGUGGAUCAGGUACCUGAACCUGUUUUUCCGGUCCACGUCGAUCAUUGAUAUGGACAAGUACGAGUCGCAGGAGGAAAACUACUACGAUCCGGACUCGUUUGCGAUGUCCGAGCAAAACUACACGCGGAUCGAGAUCAAGCAGGUGGUUAUGGAUUCCUGGGAGCCCAUGGAGGUGGACAAUGUUCCAAAGAAGCUUUUGGAACGGCCACCAGUUGUGGACAAGCCACCGCGAACAUACACGAUCCGGUUCAACUAUGGCCCCGAAUUUGAGGAAGAAGAGGACUCCGAGCCCGAGUCCGACAGCGACGCGGGGCCGAUCCGGUUCGACGCGUCCCGAGCGCUUCCCUUCUCUUCUGUGGAGCUCAGUUUCGGCAUCCCGUACAGUCUGCUGUCUCUGAUGGAGCGCACGGUGGAGCUUUCCGACCACCGCAACUACAUUCUCCGGAAACGAGUGUUUCCACGCAAUUUCCCCAAACAGUGCUGCGACAUCGAGGAAGAGCUGCGCAACUGGAAGCACCCGUGGCAGCUGUACGAGGCGGCGAACGGGUCGUACAAGUUUUCGAGCCCGGCCCACCAGGCCGUGUACCACCUGUCCACAUGUUUCUACAACACUAUUCUGAUGUUCUUUUUCCGCAUCGUCAAGGAGACACACCCAAGAAGACUGCAGGAGCAUGUGGUGUCUACAGUUAGACACCUGGAGAACCUGCGGAGUCUGGCACAGCGCACGCGUGGAGUCACCGACAUGCGCGUGGGGCUGCCGUUCUGGUGUUUCUUCGUGGCCGGCUCCGACGCGAUGGACCCGGAGUUGCAGCAGCGGUACGACGUGCUGGGCAAGUCGUUUUUCGACGCGGGCGAGAAGUGGAUCGGCAAACAGGCGCUGUUUGAGAUCUGGCGCGGCCGCAACAGCAGCGACGACGAGUUACGCGACGCGUCGUGGCUCGACCUGGUCAAAUACUGGCAUAUUGGAGGAUACAUCUAA